GCAACGAAGCGAGAGGCUGACGACAACGACAACGCACACCAACCAUCCAACCUGCCAGCCAGCAGCAACGACUUGGCUCGCCCACACACACUUCGCCUCCCAACACCAACACGAGCACGAACAGGACACCCAGCACACCACUCUUCGAUCAAACGCAGAAGCAAGCUGCAACAGGCUGCUGAGUCUUCUUCUCACCACCGCUUGCACAGAAGCAUGAACUCACCUGGCUCCGACAACAUGGAGGAUUCUGCCGUGGAGGAGACCUCUGCCCAUGCCUCGGCAGUCCGUAUUCGAAAAAUGAAGGCCCUCAUCGCUGAAAUGGGGGAGCAGGAGCUGGUGCAGUCCCUCAACCUGCUCAUUGACCGCCUCCGCCGAGACCCCGUCCUCGAGCUCCCAGGUGAGGUGUGCGGACAGAUUUUCGAGUACCUCGACUCAAAGGACCUUCGCAAGUGUGAGCUUGUCUCCAAGCGGUGGCGUGCCGUCGUCCACGAAAACUCUGUGUGGCGCCACCUCUUCUUCCGCACACUCCAGGAGCAACAAGGCUGGCACAUGCUGCGACAGCGUGUGACCGAGCAGCCCAACAAAUCUAUUGAGUGGAAGCGCUUGUACCAGGCAUUCACAGAGAGCCUGCACCGUGUGUACGGCAACUGGCUGAGGGGCCAAUACGCGGGGCGCCACGUGCACUGCAAUGCAGACGGCAUCUACACCCUCCAAUACGACGACAAGGAAAUCUUCACGGGAAACAGAGACGACACAAUCAAGAUUUGGGACCUGGAGACGCUGUCGCUGAAGCGGUCGAUUGCGGGGCACACCGGGUCUGUCCUGUGUCUGCAGUACGACGACAACAAGAUCAUCACCUCCAGCUCAGACCACACCAUCCGCAUCUGGGACAGGAACGACGACUUCAAAUGCGUCGCCGUGUACACCCACCACGAAGAGUCUGUGCUGCACGUGCGGUUCGACAAUGAAUACAUGGUGUCGUGCUCAAAGGACCGCUCCGUCGUCAUCUGGAAACAAACAGAUGUGAAAGGGUUCAAGCACGAGAUUCUGCACGAUCUGAAGCGACACCGUGCGGCCGUGAAUGUGGUUGAGUUUGACAAGCGCCACAUCGUCUCCGCUUCCGGCGACCGCACCAUCAUUGUGUGGGAGACGGGCACGGGCAAAUACCUCAAGACGCUGCAAGGCCACGAGCGAGGCAUUGCAUGCAUCCAGUACCGGGGCAACCACAUUGUGAGCGGCUCCUCCGACCAGACCAUUCGCAUUUGGCAGGUCGACACGGGCGAGUGCAUCAACGUCCUCAGAGGCCACACAUCGCUGGUGCGCUGUGUGCGGUUCGACGACAGAUUCAUCGUGUCUGGAUCCUACGAUGGGACGGUGCGCGUGUGGAACUUCCAGACGGGCGAGCCUGCGCCGCGAUUGGAGGGACACGACAACCGCGUGUUCCGCGUGCAGUUUGAUGCGUUCAAGAUUGUGAGCAGCUCCCAAGACGACACGCUGCGGGUGUGGGACUUCUCGCGUGAUGUGACGGCGUAUUGCAAGAGCAGGAUAGGGGAACUUGGCCAGCAGCUGAGCGACCUCUGAUCGUCCUCUUGUCUGUGUGUGUCUGUGUAUGCUCUGUGUCUGUGUCUGUGUCUGUGUCUGUGUCUUGUCUCGUGUCCUCUGCUCCGACUAUUUUUCCUAUGUGCCCUGCCCGUAUUGUCUUCGUCUGUUUGCAUCUGUUUGCAUCUGUGUGUCGCAUGAUGGUGGGGGGGGGUGGCGACUCCUCUUCAUUGGCUCUACCCACGCACCCCUCUCCAAUUGACCUCUUUCCUUCUCUCUCCUUGCUCUUGCCUUGCUCUCUCCAUGCUCUCUCCUUGCACUCUCUUCCAUCAAUCUUGUUUUGUUCAUGGGUUGUGAUGACUUUACUUCACACGUGGCGCGUGUGCACUCUGCCCGUUGCGUUUGUUCCUUGGCGACGCGUGAUGUGUUGUCGCGGGUGUUUUCUAAUGCGGUGUAAACGGUUAAUCAACGAG